AUGGGGUUGCCUGAGACUUAUAACUCUUUUCCCAAGCGAGGCUAUGGAGAUGUCUAUCUUUCCUCUCGUGGGGUCCAAGGCCUUACCUGCAGUGUUGUAUUUACAGUACUUGCAUCUGUCUUCGUGGGGCUACGCUUGUAUACCCGUGUCAAGAUUAUGAGGAGGAUGGAAACAAAUGAUUGGAUGGUUGUCAUUGCUCUUGUAAAUGCAUAUAUCUUCAUGGGUCUGGAUAUUGUCGAAGCGACUAGUGGAAUGGGGAUGCACCUCAAAGAUAUCCCCCCAGAGAUUCUCGAAAGACAAAUGAAGGCAUUCUGGCUUACGAUUCCCUUCUACAACGCCGCUGUCCUGUGCGCGAAAGCAUCAAUUCUCAUGCAAUAUUUUCGCGUCUUUCCAACUCAUCGCAUGCGAGUCGUAUGCUGGGUCAUGAUCACCAUUCUGGCAUUAUAUGGCACAUGGGCUGUCAUAAGCGCAUUUUUAAACUGUAUUCCUGUCGCAAAGUUCUGGGACGACUCAAUUCCAGGGUUCUGUCUGAGCAAACCUGGGCUAUGGUUCUCGAAUGCUAGCAUGCAUAUCACCACCGACUUGGUCAUUCUCAUCAUCCCUAUCCCGGCUUUAAUUGCACUUGAUAUUCCAAAGAGACAAAAGGGAGCCUUAAUGAUACUGUUUGCACUGGGUGGAUUUGUGUGUGUUACCAGCAUCGUCCGUCUCGUUAGCUUGAAGAAGAUUUCCGAUUCAACAGAUCCAACCUAUGACAACGUUGGAGCUGCAUCGUGGUCCGCUAUAGAAUGUAACGUCGGCAUCAUUUGUGCUUGUUUACCGACACUUAAGCCACUCAUCUCAAAGCUUGUCCCGGGUCUGUUAUCUACAUUGAAUGGGAGCCGCCGCUAUGGCAGUGGGCACAUGUCAACAACACAGCGAACGACAACAUGGAAUGAUGAGUCUACACUCGGCGCUCCAGGUGAAGAUCCUGAGUACGGCUCUGGUGAUCCGGAGAGAGUUCUAGAGCUUGUUUCUACAGGUCCCUUGAAAUAUGGGAAGCGGUGGUCAAAAGAUAACAAGGUUCAUGGACUUGGCGUCCCUGAUAUCACGGAGGUGACCGAGCUUACAAGGCAGCCUGAGGAACAUGAGUUUGAUCAUGUCCAUCAUCAUUCACAUAACAUAUCCGAGGCGUCUUCUUAUUCGCGCAACUGA